AUGCCUAGAGACGAUCUAUCCAUCGACUUCGUCAGGAAGAUGCCACCUGUCGAGUCGCUCGAUCCGGCCCUGGUUCUCGACGAGUGGUUCAACAAGACGCAGAACUUCCCCGAGGAGCUGCGCUUCGUCCAAGACGAGAUCGCCGACAAAGACCGACAGUAUGACAAGCUGAUACGCGAGAUUGAAGACCGAGAUGGCCGCAUACAGAAGUGGAUCAAGGCCCACGGCAGCCACCAUGCCAAUCCGAAAGAAGAGGAGUAUCGGGCGACGAUAAAGAAGAACUUCGACCUGGCCGAGAAGUUGUCUGAGGAGAAGCUCGCGCUUACGCAGAAGCUGCACCAGAACAUGGAUAAGCACAUCCGCCACCUCGACCUGCAGAUCAAGAUGCUCUACGACCGCGGCGAGCCCGGUUUCACCAACCCCGACGAACUCCCGUCCCUCCUACGCGCUAGCGCUGCAAACAUCACGAACGGAACAAAUGGUCCUAAGAGUUCGGGUUCCACGACCCCGACUGCCGCAGCCGUGAGCAACAUAACGGCCAACACGCCCGUCCGGGCAACCAAUGCCCAGGUGCGAAACACCCAAGCCCAGCAGCUGGGCUCGGCCUCUGCGCCCGCCACACCAGCAGCCAGCAUGAUCAUGAACCGUCAAGCGCGGGAAGGUUCGGCUGGCCCGGGAAACAAGCGGUUGCCUCGGUCGAACAGCGGGCUGGGCACCGUGCCCGCAACAUCUAGCGGGCUCGCCCGUCACUCCUCCCUAGGGCCCGGAACGCCAAAGGGCCACCAGACCGCCGCGGGCGUGCAACGCGCCGGCAGUGCCGGGCCGCGGGCAACAGUCAAGGGCUCGCUGGUCAGCGGGGCCCGUAAGGCGGGCACCCCGUCUAGCACGGCGAGCCGUAAGAAGGGAACCCCAGCCGGUGGGGUCGCAGGCGUCCAGAAAUCCGGCCUGUCGCGCGUGAAGCGUGCCGCCAAAAACUCUCCCUCCUCCGCCGCCGAAAGCGAGCUUUCCGACGCCGAGUCCGCCAGCGAUUCCGCCAGCGACACCCGCACCGGCGGCCGCGGAACGCCCACAGCCGCCUCCUUCUCCCGAUCCACUUCCAACCAAACCACCCAACCCCCCGCCAGCACUCGCGAGUCCAGCAACCUGCACAACCGCACACCCUCAGCGGGCACCGGCACCACCCAGCAGCCACCGCCCACCUCCGAGCGCCACGGAACCCGCCCCACUCCACACCCACGCAGCGCGGCGGCCGCCGCCGCCGCAGCCUCUGUCAAAGACGAAGACGACCUCAUGGACGUGGACGUCGAUCUAGAUCUCGAUGACGACGAAGCGGGCGAUGAUCGCAAGUAUUGCUCGUGUCAGAACGUCAGCUUCGGAAACAUGGUGGCGUGCGACAACGACGACUGUCCGUACGAGUGGUUCCAUUGGGGCUGUGUCGGUCUCAAGAGCGAGCCGAACGGCAAGUGGUUCUGUCCUGAGUGCAGCGAGAAGUUGAAGCGGAAAGGGUAG